UUCAGAGCGCGCAUUUUACAUUGAUGGAAUAUUGGUGGAAGAGCAAGAAUUUGCAAGUCAGCUGUUGCAGACGAAUGUUGGAAGUAGAUUUAACAAAGGAUGUCGAAGUCUAAACAGAUUAUUGUUCGAGUACAGUCAGCAGAACAUGGGACAAAAAGAAUUGAAUCCAAACCUCUGGAAACAGUGGCAGAAUUCUUGAACAAGGUGCAGAAGGAAUUUGGAUUAGGUGACACCGGUUGGAAUGUCUAUAAAUCACGGGAUAAAAAAGAAUGGAUCAGAACAUCCAGGGCUAAAACUCUUGAAACUUACAAAGUCAAGCAUGGAGACAUGUUGUUUCUGCUUUCAUCCGACCGUAAACAGAGCAAUGCUAGCAUUGAUAGUAUGAGCAGUGGGUCUGGUACCUCCAACAUAACAGGCGAUAUGGGAUCUGUCAGUAUAUCAGGCUCGUCAAUGUCCUCGGGCUCCUCACAAUCUGUUGUUGAGGAUGAGGUGGAUCAGAUCCUGUAUAAAGAAGAUGGCAAAAUCUACAGAGAAAAGAACGAACAACUUUGUCGUCACGGACCUCAAGGCAAAUGUCUGCACUGUGUUCCUCUAGAGCCAUAUGAUGAAGAAUUUUUGAAGAGCUGUGACCCUCCUAUAAAAUUUCUAUCAUUUCAUUCACACAUCAGAAAACUGACUGGGGGUGUAGAUAGAGGAAAAUUUGUGUCCUUGGAGAACUUAAGUUGUAAGAUUAAACCAGGAUGUACUGAGCACCCCCCAUGGCCAGGAGGCAUCUGUACCAAGUGUCAGCCAAAUGCAGUUACACUCAAUAGACAGAGGUACAGACAUGUGGACUAUGUGAUGUUUGAAAAUGCUUCAAUAGUCGACAGAUUCUUGAACUACUGGCGAAGAACAGGGAAUCAGAGGCUAGGAAUCAUGUAUGGUCGAUACGAGCCUCAUAAAGACACGCCGUUAGGUAUAAAGGCCACAGUAGCUGCUAUUUAUGAACCUCCACAGAAAAGUCACAAAAACGUUCUACAACUGUUGGCGGACCCCGCAGAAGAACGGGUAAACAGAGUGGCUGAUUCUCUUGGUGUUCGCCCGGUGGGAUGGAUAUUUACUGAUCUACUGGCGGAGGAUCUUAGCAAAGGCAGUGUUAAGCACUUCAGAGGAAAUAUUAAUUCUCAUUUUCUAAGUGCCCAAGAGUGCAUCAUGGCUGCUGAUUUCCAAAACAAAUAUACCAAUCCCUGUAAAUUGUCUCCAGAUGGACAUUUUGGAUCCAAGUUUGUUACUGUUGUAGUAACAGGUGAUGCCUCCAAUCAGAUUCAUUUUGAGGGUUAUCAGGUGUCCAAUCAAUGUAUGGCCUUGGUUAAUGAUGACUGUCUGAUUCCAACUAAGGAUGCCCCAGAACUGGGCUAUAUCAAAGAGUCUUCAGAAAAACAGUAUGUUCCAGAUGUAUUUUACAAGGUGAAGGACUCCUAUGGUAAUGAGGUCACACAGCUAGCGAGACCGCUGCCUGUGGAGUAUCUUUUGGUGGACAUGCCAGCAGCUUUUCCACUUUCUGCUCAGUACACCUUUAAAGCUCACCUUCACACAGAUGCCAAGCUAUUCCCAGUGGAGUAUCGACAGGAGAUAGGAGAAACACAAGACUACACCUCCCUGUCCACCUAUCUACAACAAUUCCCGCCUGACAGAUUCCUGGAGGCAGUGUCAGAUUUCCAUCUUCUGGUUUUCCUCGCAACAUCUGAAAUAAUUCCAUUAAAGGACUCAAUAGUACCAUUACUGGAGGCGGUGAAAACAAAUGACUUAGACAAAGCAUUUCAGUUCAUGAAAUGUCAAGAGUGGGCGACAGUGGAAGAAAUCAUGGCUGCUCAUGAAACAUCACCCAGGGUACAAAGGGAGACUUCAUAUGUGGGUCCCGGGGCAUCUCCGCUACCCCCUAUAGGGUCUGGAGCAGGAGCUGGACUGUGGACAUGUGCUCAUUGUACCUACCUUAACAUACCAGAGAAAAAUGCAUGUGAUAUGUGCUCAUUACCAAAGUGAGGAUAAAACUACUGAGGAAAUAAUUCAACAAAUAGUUUUGUAUGACAACUUGAAGAUGCAAUUCCUGCUAGCUGCAAAUUAUUUCAAAAAUUGACAGUUUUUCUAUUUAUUUAUUUAAAACUGAAGAUAUUUUGUGUGCAUUCAUGCUCAGGUAAGAAACAUUUUUAAAAGUAACAGAGAGUUGAUAUGAUGUAUUCAUUUUUGUAUUUCUUUUUGCAUAUCUAUUUUCUUCAGUGAAGGAAAGGUGACAAAGCUUGGAUACUAGUGCUUUCUAUGCUAAUUUAACUGAUUUUUCUUAAAUAAUUAUUGAAAUUGAUUAUUGCUAUAUAAUGUGAAAAUAGCAUGAUGGCAUAUCACAAGAAUAUUUUAUUUCCAAUUGAGUGUAAAUUUUGGUGUCUACAAAUGGCUAAAAUUACUCUUUUCUUACUUAUUUUGAAAAUGGGCUACUCUUCUAUAUAUAAAAAAAAGUUUUUCUUUGAUUCAGAAAUCGAUUCUGACACUCUAACUAUAAUUCAUAAUGGCAAUAUGAAAACUAUUCUAAGGUUAAACUUUUUAUGUAUAUGGAGAGAGAUAGAAAAGUGAAAAUUGUACACUUGUGUCAAUUUGAUUUUGCUGUUUUGAUAAUUAAACUAGUAGAACUGCAUGUUAUGAAGAUGAACAUUAUGUUGCUGCAUUUUAUUACACAUGGAUAGGUGAGAAAAAUCAUUAAAGUUUGUUUACACCUU